UCCCAAAAGGGAUUUAAGGGGAGAGUGUAACUGGGGCUGCCUGGUACUCGCCCUCCCCAUCAGCUCACAGCUGGAGCAGUUUGCCCAAAGGAUGGCCGGAAUGCCGUGCUGGGGCUGCCUGGUCUCUGUUUCGAAGACACUUUCCCGCAGAAAGCAAGUCCCGGCUGGCUCAGGGGGCUCCAGCCUUCACCGCUGCCUCUCCACUGUGGACCUUGUCGCCUUGGGAGUGGGCAGCACCCUGGGGGCUGGCGUCUACGUCCUGGCAGGGGAAGUGGCUAAGACCAGCUCUGGCCCAAGCAUCAUCCUUUCUUUCCUGAUUGCAGCCAUGGUGUCUGCUCUAGCAGGGCUGUGCUAUGCUGAAUUUGGGGCUCGCGUGCCCCUGGCUGGGUCUGCCUAUCUCUACAGCUACGUGACAGUGGGCGAGCUGUGGGCAUUCAUCGCUGGGUGGAAUCUGCUGCUGUCCUAUGUCAUCGGUACCGCUAGCGUUGCCCGGGCCUGGAGUGCUACCUUUGACCAGCUCCUCGGUAAGAAGAUGGGGAGGUUUUUGAGUGCUCAUGCAGCCAUGAGCUCUGCGGGGCUGGCAGAAUACCCGGAUGCCUUUGCUGCUGGCCUGGUGGUCCUGCUGGCAGGGCUACUUUGCUUUGGAGUGAAGGAGUCCACCACAGUCAACAAAGCCUUCACAGCUCUCAACGUGCUUGUCUUGCUCUUCAUCACAGUGAGUGGCUUCAUCAAAGGCAACCUGAGCAACUGGAAGCUCAGGGAGGAUGAUCUGCCAUGGGCAGCUGCCCACGAGACUGGGAACCAGUCUGUGGCUGACAACGUGACCAGUGCCUUUGGGGUGGGAGGCUUCAUGCCCUAUGGUUUCACUGGGACCUUGGCUGGAGCCUCUACCUGUUUCUAUGCCUUUGUUGGAUUUGACUGCAUUGCUACCACGGGGGAAGAAGUAAGGGACCCGCAGAGAUCCAUCCCCAUAGGCAUCAUCCUCUCACUCCUCAUCUGCUUCUUCGCAUACUUUGGUGUGUCUGCUGCCCUCACGCUGAUGAUGCCCUACUAUCUCCUGGACACCAUGAGCCCACUCCCAGUGGCUUUUGAAUACGUUGGCUGGAGCAGUGCGAAGUACGCUGUGGCUGUGGGCUCGCUGUGUGCCCUGACAACCAGCCUCCUGGGCUCCAUGUUCCCCAUGCCACGGAUCCUGUAUGCAAUGGCUCGAGACGGGCUCCUCUUCAAACCUCUGGCCAAAGUUAGUCGCCGUCAGUGUCCGGUGGUGGCAACGCUGGUGUCUGGAGGAGUGGCAGCUCUCCUGGCCCUCCUCUUUGACCUGAAAGCCCUGGUUGACAUAAUGUCCAUCGGCACACUACUGGCCUACUCGCUGGUGGCUGUCUGUGUGCUGCUGCUCAGGUAUCGGCCUGGACCCAGCACUCAGGACACUGCUCUGGGGAAAGUCCCAGCUGUACAGCUCUGGUGGGACCAUCUUAUCCGGCCGCCUCCACAUCCCACCCCGCGAUCCUCUGCUGUGGUGGCCUGGGCUCUGACAACCAUAGCCACCCUGGUCAUCGCUGUGAGCUGGGCGAGCACCGCCGGGCUGCCCUGCCUCCAGGCUGGGGGUGCCUGGUGCAUUGCUGCCCUGGCUCUGCCUCUUCUGGGGAUCCUGACGGCAGCUCUGCUCAUCUGGAGGCAGCCUCAGAGCCGGGAGAGAGCAUCCUUCAUGGUUCCCUGCCUGCCCUUCCUGCCGCUUCUUGGCAUCACCAUCAACAGCACCCUGAUGGCCCGGCUCAGCGCGGCUGCCUGGCUACGGUACCUGCUCUGGAUGGCCAUCGGUUUCCUCAUUUACUUUGGCUAUGGGAUCCGACACAGUGCUGAGAGCCACCGGCCCGAAGGGGCGGCCCCCCGGGAGCCACCGGGAAGCAUGGCCAGGGAGGUGGCCCCAGAGCCCUAAGAGACUGUACUGUGCCCAUCUGCUCCAGGGCAGCAAAAGGAGACAGGCUGGUCCCCGAGUGCCUGGCUCCCUCCACCCUGUGCCCAAGGGGAAAAGGGGCUGAACGACCCAUCCGGUGGAGGGGAACAGCCCUCACAUGAGCCUGGGAGCUGUUUUCUCCCAAGUCUGGUGAACCUCCCUGAGCAACCUGACUCCUCAUGACAAGCCCCUAUUGAAGGAGUUUUGUUUGGAAAGGAUAAAGCAGACAAGUGUU